CUCUAUUCUCACCUAUACACUAUCCUGCUUCACCUUGAUGUUUGUGUUUUGAUCAUAAGUCGCAAACAAUGACAUCUGAGUCUGCAGCAAAUAUGGAAUCCAUGGGUCAAUUUUUAGAACUGAAUACAGGAGACAGAAUGCCAGUAUUAGGGCUUGGGACUGCUGUUUGGAAUCAAUAUGAGGAGAUUAAGUCAGCUGUCACAGUGGCUCUCCAGGUUGGUUACAGGCACUUUGACACGGCAAGCUUUUAUGGCUCAGAAGGUGCCGUAGGAGCAGCUCUAAUGGAGGCCUUCCAAAGCGGUUUUGUUAAGAGAGAACAAGUGUUUGUUACAACUAAACUCUGGGGCGAUGAACAUGAUGACCCUCUUGCUGCUAUCUCCAGAAGCCUAAAGAAUUUGCAGCUGGAAUAUGUCGAUUUGUAUCUGGUUCACUGGCCUUUAAGGUUGAAGAAAGGAUGUUCCAACCCCCCUAAAGAAGAAGACUUUUUGCCCUUGACUAUGAAAUCUACUUGGCAAGGGAUGGAAACAUGUUUUGAGAUGGGUCUAACUAAAGCCAUCGGUGUGAGUAACUUUUCCUGUAAGAAGAUGGAAGACUUGCUCAGCCAUGCCAAAAUUCUUCCUGCUGUCAAUCAGGUAGAGAUGCAUCCAAUGUGGCAGCAGAAAAAACUAAGAGAUUAUUGCAGCAAGAUGAAAAUUCAAAUAUGUGCAUAUUCUCCUCUUGGAGGGCGAAACACUAGAUGGGGAUCAAGCAUGCUGAUGGAUAAUCCCAUCAUUCAUGAAAUUGCCCAGAAGCACGGGAAGACCAUAUCACAGGUUCUGUUGAGGUGGGGAGUAGAGCAGGGAGUGUGUGUUCUUCCAAAAAGCUUCAAUAAAGGAAGAAUAACAGAGAAUUUUCAAGUUUUAGACUGGUGUUUAACUGCAGAAGAUCGUGAGAACAUUAACAAGAUUGAGCAGUGGAAGAUAGUAAGGGCAGAAAUACAUGUAAACUCAACUACUGGCCCUUACAGAACUCUUGAAGAGUUGUGGGAUGGAGAGAUCUAAUCUUCAAACACACAAUUUUAGAAUCUCCAAAACUUCUGACGAGCUAGGACAUGGAAGUACAAUGCAUCAGCGAGCUUUGUAGAAUGGAAAUCUGUAAUUAAAUGUCUCUUGCAAAGUUGUUACGAAGAAUUCAACAACUUCCUAGUUAAUGGAGCCUUUGAUUUUAGUUUAUGUUGCCGAAUCAGCCGGGUUCUGACUGAAACCUUUUGGAAUUGUUCCAACAUUGACGCGAAGUUUUUACACAGAUUCCGACGCUAUUCCAACAUUUCGUCAUUUUAAAAACCUUUUCACCUGAAAAUCCCUAGCCGGCUUUCCUGUUAAAGGCCGAAUUCUCUAAAACUAAAUGUGUCGAUUUAUUCUCUGCGUUAUUUUCAGCUGUUGUAUGGUUGGAAACUUUGACAGUUCUAUGUAUGACUGUAUAGUUGAUCUUCUUUUUUAA